UUUGCUGAUUUAAUCUUUGCAGGCUCUUGAGGGCACCUACAUUGAUAAGAAAUGUCCCUUUACGGGCAAUGCGUCAAUUAGAGGGCGCAUUCUUACUGGAAUGGUGCAAAAAUUGAAAAUGCAACGUACUGCAGUUAUUCGCAGAGAUUACUUGCAUUACAUCCGAAAAUACAAUCGAUUCGAAAAGCGGCACUACAAUAUGAGUGCUCAUCUUAGCCCUUGCUUUAGAGAUGUAGAAAUUGGUGAUGUAGUCACCAUUGGAGAAUGCAGACCUUUAAGCAAGACAGUAAGAUUUAAUGUAUUGAAGUUGUCGAAAGGAACAGGAUGAAA